CCCGGCCAUGAUGGCGGAGGUUCUGGAGCUCUGGCUCCGGGAGGAGAUGGAGCUGCCGCCCUCCGCAAUCCCCUCCCCGGCCGCACUCCGCAGGCUCUGCUCCGGCCCCGCAGCCCCCAUUUGGGAUUACGUCAUCCGCCACGUCUGGAACCAGCGGAACGUGAAGAAGAUCCGAGGAAAUCUGCACUUGUACUGGCACCUGCAGGAGCUGGAGACGCCUCGCUGGAGGUGGCGCAGAGCCGGCGGUGGGUGGAGCUUCAGCGAGGGGCGGAGCUUCAGCUGCUGGGGGCGGAGCCGGGCCCGGCUGGGCUGCGGGACGGCCACGAGGGGGCGCUGCGGGCAAUCCGUAAAAGGCUGGGCCAAUCCCGGGACGAGCUGUCAGCCAUCUUGGCUGUGGGGGCAGAGCCGGAAGUGCUGGUGUCAAUCAAGGCCCUGUGCAAGGAAGGCCAGGGAGGCGGAGCUCCAGAGGCCACGCCCAUGCACAGCUGCCAAUCACCCCGGGAAGGCUCAGGAGGCUCCGGAUUGGUCGGAACAGGCUGAAGCUGUACUGAUUGGCCACAGCCCAGAGGCGGUGCUUUGGGCGCUGGAGGUCCUGGCCAAUCAGAGCACAAGAGCUCUCCUGGCUGGCCCUGCCCCCUCAGCUGAGGCCCUGCCCACCCUGAAGAGCCUCCUGCAGCUUUGAGGGCGGCCAACAGCCCACUGCAGGGGGGGUGUCAGUGCCGGUGGCAGGGCCCCAGGGCUGAAGCUUCAGGCACCCCUUGGCGGCAGAGGCCUCGGGCUGUGCCUGCGGGGACGAGGUCUCGGAGGAGAGCUGCGAAUCCGGAUGAAGAAAUGAGAGUCGGACACUUCCUGGGGUCUAAACAGGUUUAAUCCCUAUGGCGACCAGCAGGUAGUGACAAAGAAACGUGGGAGGACAGGGAUUAUAAAGGGAGGUGGGAACCAAGAGAGGGGAUUACAAUAAACCAAUCAGGGAAAGUCAGGGGAUGAGCUUAACUUAACAGACGUGAGGGGAAAACCGAUAGUUAUAUUGUAUGGGAGGGGCCCUGGGACCACAGCCAAUCACGGCUCCCACUGAGGGGAACAUUCUGGAAAACUAGGAGGGGUGGGGAGUGAUUGACUGGGCCCAGGGAGGAGAAAGAACUAUACAUAUUUGGAAAUAAA